AUGGGGUUCUUCAUCAAUGCCUUUCUCCGAAACAAGAACGCGACCGAUAUUGACCGUCGAUACUGCACUAGAGAGGUGCCCAUGAAAGUUAUCAUGCUUGGAUUCCCACGUACAGGCACCGUCUCCUUGACAUGUGCGUUGAAAGUGCUCGGGUUUAACAAUGCUUACCAUGGGCGAGAUGCAUUGACUUUCAAUCCUCGAGACUGCGAGCUAUGGUGGAAAGCAUUGCAGGCAAAAUACGAAGGGAAAGGGAAAGAGUUUGGCCGAAAGGAAUUUGAUCAACUACUAGGCCAUUGCCAGGCUGUCUCUGAUAUCCCAGCAAUUUGCUUUGCAGAAGAGCUUAUCGCAGCGUACCCGAAUGCUAAAGUCAUUUUAACCGUAAGAGACGUGGACGAAUGGCAAGAGUCUGUGAGAAAGUCAGUCAUGAAACAGGUCAGAGAUCCUUUGUUGUACCCGAUGAUUCUCCUAGAUCACCUUCUUUUCAUGCCAUGGCGGUGGGUUCGACCAGUGUUCCUCAAGUCCCGAUAUGUGCUCUGGGGCGAUGACUUCGAAAAGAACGGAAAGAAGGCAUUUGAGGACCACUACAAGAAAAUCCAGGCCAUGGUUCCACCAGAAAAGCUGCUUCUUUAUCACGCCAAAGAAGGAUGGGAACCUCUUUGCAAGUUUCUCGAAGUUCCAGUCCCUGAGAUGGCAAUGAUAAAUGUGAACAACUCGAACAUGUUCAAUCAAGGGUUUAUGGCAAAGAAACUUUAUCAUCUGACCCAGUACAUAUGGAGGAUCAUUGAAAUUUCUGCGUUUGCGUCGCUGUUCAUGAUGCUUUGGGUCGUCUACCAAGGUCAACCAUUGCCUUGGCAUUGA